AUGGCGGAGUACCCCUCGCGCAUCCAGAAAACACGGAGAGACACCGGCCACAGCGUGCUCAAGACAGCGGCGACCGCUAUCGAUCACAACGUGCAAAACGCCGUCAAGAAGAAGACUCGGGGGACUACCUCUUUUCGAUCGGUGAAACGACAUCUGCGAAAUCGAGCGACAUCUGGCUGGUCGACUCAGGGGGACGCACAUGACGUGCUCCAAGAAGUUCAUGCGGAACAACAGGGCGCGGUUGACGCUGUGGAUAUCCAUCUCGCGGAUGAUGGAAUCGUCCGGGCAAUCGGCGUGGGGACAUUGUCAUGUCGAUGGAAGACACCCCAAGGGGGAUGA